CAUUCAGGCCUGGAGGGAAAAAUCUGAUCAUUCAAACUUCGCAACGAUCUCGUGCUGAAAUUGCGCAGAGAAAUGAUCUCUUUUUUCUUGAGCUCCCAAUAUUGGUCCUCGUCUCAAUGGUGGAACUGCUAUUAUGAUAUCCUAUAUUAUUUUGUUUAACUUUGCUUAGACUUUCAAUCGAGCCAGGACAGCGGACUCGGAUCAUUUCCACGGCAGGCUCUUCGACAUCUAUUGGCUGUGGAUAUAGCCUUGCCUUGCUUUGCAGGACGCACUUUGGGCUCAGUGAAGUCCUGAGAGAGGACAAAGACAAGCGACACCUGCUACAUUGCUUGGUAUUACGGAGUCUGGAUAGUGUACAACGCGGGCACACAUGCAUUCCGGAGAUAUUAACCUCACCUCCAAUCGGAGGGAUAUGGAAUCCCGCCGAAGUACUCCGUACAAAGCUAGGAAAGGCAUCGUAUUCCGCUGUAGAGCUGAGAGGCAAACUCAAAAUCACUAGCCGUGGCCAUACUCAGGAAAGUGAGACAUCCUAUGUCAAGUAGGUUAAUAUCACCGGUUCAAAAGAUAUAAAGAUGGCCUGAAAUCCCACAUUUCCCUACUGCUUUUUCCUAUCAGGCCUCAAGAACAUUAGCAUCGCUCUAUUUCUAUCUACUCAUACACGACAGGCAAAGCUUUAGCCAGUUUUAAUACAUAAUGCAUCUCAAAACGCUCCUUCUCGCUGCCUUCGCAGCCACAACUGCCCUUGCAGGCUCUGCCGGCAACGCUAUUGUUGAAAACCAUUGCCCAUUCACAGUCUUUCUUUGGUCUGUUGGUGGCUCCAUCGGUCCCAAGCAUGUUCUGAAGCAAGGUGGCGUCUACAGCGAAAAAAUUCACCGCGAUCCCCAGAGCGGCGGUAUUGCCAUCAAGAUUACCCGUGUUGACGAUGGAAUUUUCAACAACUCCCCACAGACCAACUUUGCAUACAGCUUAACCGACCCGAGGGUCUUUUACGAUCUGUCUGACGUCUUUGGCGAUCCGUUCUCCGGCAGCAAAGUCCUCCUUGACCCAAGCGAUCCCAAUUGCGCGGACAUCUGUUGGCCAGAUGGCAUUCCGCCUUCGGGAAGCCAGGUCCGCGACUGCAAUGCGGGCACCGAUCUGAAACUCACACUUUGUGCCUGAAGUUGUGAAGACUUCACUCCGUGACCAAUGAGAUCGGUUAUCAAGUGAUUCGUUUCAAGAUGAGAUGUGUCUAUGGCCUUUUCAUUAGUAGUCGAGGUGCAGGGGGAUGUGGCCUUGGGUGUCACCGUGGUUUUAAUGUCAAAUGUCAGCGUAUCCAUGUAUAUGUUGCGAUUCCUUGCAGUAAAUAUAUGGGUCUCUCUUUCACAGCGCUAUUACAUCUAUAUCUAGUACUAUUUAGGGUUUAUUUUAAUUUAUUUGA